GUUGGUUCCUCGUGUGAAAAACAAGAUAGCAUAGGAAGAGCCAAACUUGAUUCUCAAGUCACAGAGACCCCUGGUUUGCCCCCUGUAAUCGUCAAUAGCACGACAACGGAAAAAGCUGGGGUAUUUGGUCCAAGACCCGAGAGUCUUCUGGAGUGACUAAGCCCCCUGCCCUCGUUGGGCGCCACGUAAGGGGAUCACAUCACAGAGCACAAGAAGAAAAGAAAAAAAAAGCCUCAGAGCCCCAGGCUUUUUGAAAGUUGAAAACCCUCUGAAAUUUGUGUGUGCCAUCAAUUUCUCACAUUCCGCAGUUUUUUCUUUCUUUUUUCUCUCUGGUCUUGCUAGGGUUUUCUUGAUUUGAUUUUCCGUUCGAUGCCAUGAGGGGAUCAAAGCCGGCCGGAAUGUCUGAGCAGCGACGAUUUUAUCCGCAACCAGGGUCCCACCCACGCGCCGCCGUUCCGCGACGGCCGUUGCCUCGAAUUCAGCGGCCGAAUUUCAUCGUUUAUCUUCUGUCCGACAAACGGGACCUCCGGCGGCCGGACAUCGAGGCGGUGAUCAACCAGUGCAGGGCGAAGCCGGAGAAUUUCCGGGUGAGUCCGGAGAACAACACAGUCGCGUCGAUGUUCUACGCGCAGUGGUACGACGCGCUCGAAGCGAUGGUCUGGCUGUGGGAGUCGCGGCUCGACCGGGUUCACAAUUUCAUGCCCAAGCUUGACGCCAACGACUCCGUCUCCACGCCGUCCGAUAGCGUGGAGCUGGAGGACCGCCUGAGAGCCUUGUUCGCCGGCCGAAUUAAGCAGUUAAUCGACGGCGACGAGGUGAAGAAGUGUGAAGCAAAGCGCCAAAUUUUGGCCAGAGAGUACGACCGAGUUCGUAAGCUGGCCAAGAGGCCUCAGAGGAAUUGGGAGGACUUACCGGAGAAGGAGAAGAGGUGCAGAGUUGAGCUUGAAUUGGUUGAGAGUAGGAUCAGAGAGUUCAGGUCUGCUAUGAACUGCUUGCUUGCUCAUGUUGAAGGGAAAGAGUUGGAGGAGUAUGGUGAAGAAGGCUUGAAGCUGUUUAAAUUCGGCGAAAUUCGGCCUUGGAGUCGAAUUCAGAGGUUAAUGGUGAGGGAGUGUCGCCGACUCGAUGAGGGAUUGCCCAUUUAUGCUCAUAGGCAGCAAAUUCUUGAGCAGAUUACUAAUCAGCAGGUCAUGGUGUUGAUUGGAGAGACUGGUUCAGGGAAGAGUACACAAUUGGUUCAGUUUCUUGCUGAUUCUGGAAUCGCUGCUGAUAAGUCCAUUGUAUGCACUCAGCCUCGCAAGAUUGCUGCCAAUUCAUUGGCAAAGAGAGUCAAAGAAGAAAGUAGUGGGUGUUUCUAUGGAGAAAGCACAGUUACCAGUUAUCAGACAUCGUCUGGACAGCAGUUGACUUCUAAGGUAACAUAUAUGACAGACCACUGUUUACUGCAGUACUACAUGAAAGAUAGAAAUAUGACCAUGAUUUCUUGCAUCAUAGUUGAUGAGGCUCAUGAAAGGACCUUGAGUACAGAUCUCCUUUUAGCAUUGAUCAAAGAUUUACUGGGUCGAAGGCAUCAGUUAAGGCUUAUAAUAAUGUCUGCAACAGCUGAUGCAGAAGUGCUUUCACAUUAUUUUUUCAACUGUAAAAUCUUUCAUGUAGUGGGGAGGAACUUUCCAGUUGAUGUAAAAUAUGCUCCCUCUUUCACUGACGGAACUGCCAGUAAUGUUGCUUCUUAUGUUUCUGAUGUGAUGAGGGUAGCAAGAGAGAUCCACAAGAAUGAGAAACAAGGGACAAUUCUUGCAUUUUUGACUUCUCAGAUGGAAGUCGAAUGGGUCUGUGAGAAGUUUAUAACACCUGGUACAAUUGCAUUGCCAUUGCAUGGGAAACUUUCUUUUGAAGAACAAUCUAAUGUUUUUCAAAAUCACCCUGGAAAAAGAAAAAUUAUAUUCGCCACAAAUCUGGCGGAGACAUCCCUGACAAUUCCUGGGGUAAAGUAUGUGAUCGAUUCUGGCAUGGUCAAAGAAAGCAAAUUUGAACCUGGAAGUGGUAUGAAUGUUCUCAGAGUUUGCAGGAUCAGCCAGAGUUCUGCUAAGCAAAGAACUGGGCGUGCUGGAAGAACGGAACCUGGAAUAUGUUAUAGACUCUACUCAGAAUAUGAUUUUCAGGCGAUGCCUCCAUGUCAGGAGCCCGAGAUCCGUAGAGUUCAUCUUGGUGUAGCAGUUCUGAGGAUUCUGGCUUUGGGUGUCAAGAAUUUAAAAGAGUUUGAAUUCAUUGAUGCACCUUGUUCUGAAGCUAUAGACAUGGCAAUGAGGAAUCUUGUUCAGUUAGGAGCUGUUAAGCAAAACAAUGAUGUCUAUGAACUAACUCAAGAGGGUCGCGACUUGGUUAAAUUGGGGGUUGAGCCUAGGCUUGGUAAAUUAAUUCUUGGCUGCUAUCACCAUAACUUGCGUAAGGAGGGCCUUGUUCUUGCGGCUGUAAUGGCAAAUGCAAGUAGCAUAUUUUGCAGAGUUGGUAAUGACGAGGAGAAACUUAGGUCAGACUGCUUCAAGGUGCAAUUUUGCCAUCGUGAUGGUGACCUCUUUACCCUUCUAUCAGUGUACAAGAUAUGGGAAGCUCUGCCUCGAGAGAGGAGAAACACAUGGUGUUGGGAAAACAGCAUCAAUGCCAAAACUAUGAGGAGAUGCCAGGACACUGUAUUGGAAUUGGAGUCUUGCCUUAAACAUGAGCUCAAUAGGAUAAUUCCUUGUAGCUGGCGUUGGAAUGCGCAUGUUUCAACUGAUUGUGAUAUAUACUUGAAAAAGGUUAUACUUUCUUCCCUGGCAGAAAAUGUAGCAAUGUUCUCAGGAUAUGAUCAAGUUGGUUAUGAGGUGGCAUUAACUGGGCAGCAUGUUCGGCUGCACCCUUCUUGUUCAUUACUGGUAUUCGGCCAGAAACCUAGUUGGGUUGUUUUUGGUGAACUCCUCUCAAGUUCUAAUCAGUAUUUGGCCUGCGUCACUACCAUUGAUUUUAACUCUUUGUCUACCCUUGAUCCCCCUCCUGUGUUUGAUGUGUCCAAGAUGGAAGGUCGAAAGUUGCAACUGAAAGUGUUGACUGGUUUUGGCAGUUGUUUGCUUAAAAGAUUUUGUGGGAAGGGCAACAGUUAUCUGCUUCAUCUUGUAUCUCGCGUCAGGACAAUUUGCAAUGACGAACUUAUCAGCAUUAAAGUCGAUUAUUAUCAGAAUGAGAUUAUGGUGUUUGCUACCCCACAUAACAUGGAUAGGGUUAUAAACCUUGUAUCCGAUGCAUUGGAGUGUGAAAAAAGAUGGCUGCGUAAUGAAUGCUUGGAGAAAUGCUUGUAUCAUGGUUCUGGUGGCUUGCCUCCUGUAGCAUUGUUUGGGGCUGGUGCAGAGAUCAAGCAUCUGGAGCUUCAUAAAAGGUGUUUGACUGUUGAUGUAUUUCAUUCAAAACUGGAUGACAUGGAUGAUAAGGAGUUUCUUACUGAGCUUGAAGAGUCUGCCUCUGGUAGUAUCUGUGGUCAUCAUAAGUUCCCCGGCACUGGGCAGGAAAAUGUUGACAAAGGAAAGGGGGCCAGGUUGACAUUUUUUACUCCUGAUGCUGCUCAGAAAGCUGUUGAAUUAAAUGAUUCUGAGUUUAAUGGUUCUAUACUGAAGGUUGUUCCUUCACAGGUUGGAGGUGAUCAUAAGGUCUAUCCACUCCUUGCUGUUAGAGCUAAAAUUUUAUGGCCUCGCAGGCAAAGCCACGGGUUUGCAAUUGUUAAAUGUGACAUGGAUGAUAUUUACCCCAUGCUUGCUGAUUUUUCUAACCUUGUAGUUUUAGGAAGAAAUAUUCGUUGUCAGCCUAGCAAAAGAUACAUGGACUCUGUUGUGAUUAGUGGACUAAACAGAGAUCUUUCUGAGAAAGAAAUCCUUGAUGUGUUAAGGACUGCUACUAGUAGGACAAUCCUGGAUUUUUUUCUGGUGAGAGGGGAUGCUGUAGAAAAUCCGCCAUGUGGUGCAUGUGAAGAAGCACUGCUAAAGGAAAUAUCACCCUAUAUGCCUAAACGGUACUCCCAUAGUAGCUGCACUGUUCAGGUUUUCCAACCUGAACCAAAGAGUCAUUUCAUGAGAGCUUUGAUAACAUUUGACGGAAGAUUACACUUGGAGGCAGCAAAGGCUUUAGAACAAUUGGAAGGGAAAGUAUUGCCCGGCUUCCUUCCAUGGCAAAAGAUGGAGUGUCAGCAGUUAUUUCAUAGCUCUCUGUCCUGCCCUGGCCCUGUUUAUCGUGUAAUAAAGAAGCAGCUAGAUCCUUUACUUGAAAGUUUUACGCAUCUAAAAGGUGUAGAAUGUAAUCUCGAGGAGUAUCCUAAUGGUUCCUGCAGAGUUAAGAUAUCAGCCAAUGCUACAAAAACGAUUGCUGAUCUGAGGAGACGUGUGGAGGAGCUUGUGAGGGGGAAGACUAUAGACCACCCAAGCCUCACUGCAACUGUUUUGCAGCUUCUGUUUUCCAGAGAUGGCACCAGUCUAAUGAACUCGUUACAGCGAGAGACAGGAACAUAUAUCAUUUUUGACAGGCACAAACUCAAUGUACAGGUCUUUGGUGAAGCACAUAAAGUUGACAUGGUCAAGCAGAAAUUGGUUGAAUCCCUUUUAAACCUCCAUGAAAGCAAGGUGCUUGAGAUCCGCCUUCAAGGUAAUGCUUUACCUCCUGAGUUGAUGAAAGAGGUUGUUAGAAGGUUUGGGCCAGACCUCCGAGGGCUCAAAGAGAAGGUACCAGGGGCUGAUUUUACUCUAAAUGUACGCCGUCAAUCCAUUCUCAUCCACGGAAGCAAGGAGUUGAAGCAAAAAGUUGAAGAGAUUAUUGAUGAGACUGCACAUAUGGCUGGUAGUUUGACUAAGAGGAUAAAUAGGGAAGCUGAUUGUCCAAUCUGCUUGUGUGAUGUUGAAGACGGUUACCGGCUUGAGGACUGUGGUCACUUGUUUUGUCGUUCAUGUUUGGUGGAGCAGUGCGAGUCUGCAAUCAAUAAUCAUGAUAGCUUUCCAUUAUGCUGCACUCAUGAGGGUUGCAGGUCUCCAAUUUUGAUCACAGAUCUCAGAUCUCUUUUAUCAAUUGAGAAGCUGGAAGAUCUGUUUAGGGCUUCGGUGGGGUCAUAUGUUGCUUCAAGUUGUGGCACCUACAGGUUUUGCCCAUCUCCCGACUGUGCUUCAGUCUAUCAGGUAGCGGCUCCUGGAACAGAAGGUGAACCAUUUGUUUGUGGUGCAUGUUAUGCGGAGACGUGUACCAUGUGCCAUUUAGAACAUCAUCCUUACAUGUCAUGCAAGCAGUACAAGAAUUUCAAGGAAGAUCCGGAUUCUUCAUUGAAGGAGUGGUGCAAAGGAAAAGAACAUGUGAAGAGCUGCCCGGUUUGCAGAUAUACAAUUGAGAAGAUAGAUGGGUGCAACCAUAUAGAAUGUCGGUGCGGGAAGCAUAUUUGCUGGGUUUGUUUGGCCUAUUAUGGAAGCAGCGAUGAAUGUUAUGGCCACUUGAGAAGUGUUCACCUGGCAAUCAUUUGAAUAACGGCUAGCUUAUAUUGUCGAUGUAAAAGCAGAAAAAUAUAAUAUAGGUAAUACACAGCAUAUAUAUAUGUAGGUAUAGUAUUCUGCUUUCUGUACAGUGCUUGUGCUUGUACUCGAGAGUGAUUGCUAGCUAAGUUUAUGUCCUUUCAAUCCAAUUUGGAUUUAAAGUAUAUGAAGUUCAGUUUCGCGAUCCAAAUUA